AUGCAAAUUGAUACAACUACUACAUUACUUUUAUAUAUUACGAAAUCAGAAAUCGCAAAACUACUUCUAGGUAUUUCUGAUACUGUACAAAAAAAAGCUAGUAAUACUGCUAAUUCUGAAAAUGAGGAAAAAGGGGAUUCUAAAUUAUUAGAAAAUAAAGAUACUGGUAAUACAGAAUAUCAUGAUCUUUUACCUAAAAAUACCCCCGAUGUCAUACCAAAAAAACCAGAUAGAGAAUGUGAUAAACAUUAUGAGCAAUCAUCAGAUAAAACAAAUAUAGCUAGCCCAAAUGGCGAUAAAACAGCAGAUCUUAAUAAGACUGAGCAUAGACCGGGCAUUUUAACUAAACCGAAUCAUCAAAGUGAUAGUGAUAAUCCAAUAACCCCAAAAGGGGGAAAUGACCCACAAAAAAAUGGAAAGAAGGUGAUAUUUAAUGAAGAUGCCAACCAUAUAGACGGUAAACUAAUAAAGAGCAAACGAAAAUAUCAUAGAAAGGGAAGGAAAAACAGAACAGCGACGGAUUUGAAUGAAUCUGAUAUUGAAAAAGCUAAAUUGGCCACUAUUGAAGAGAAAACCGAAGAAACUAUAAGUUAUAAUCACCCCCCAUAUGAUCAACCUUUAGAUUUAUCAAAAAAAAAAGUAUAG